AUGACAGAAACCCAUCCGCAAAAAGCAGUAUCCGAAGCCGGUGGUAUAUACCAGAAACGCUGGUACGUGCAUCUAUGCGCGUCGACCGGGCUUGCAGACGGGUUGAUUGCAGUCGGGAUUGCCAGCGCAGAGAAUGGAUUGGGAGUCGUAGAGGGGUCCAAGAGUACCUUGGUUUCCAGCCCGUUUCUUCACCUUGCCAAAAUCACCAGGGGAGGUGUUGAUGUUGGCAUCAUAUUUCUCAUAGGCGUUACGCAUCGAGUUGUGACGUUCAUGCAACAGUUUAUGGGAAUCGACCAGUAUGAUUCUCAUUCGCUUAAAACAUUUCUACGAGAUCUGAUCAAAAGUCAAAGCUGUCUUGUGACGAGAAAGCCAUGGUGGCAGGCCGCGGGAUUGCGAAGAUGGAAGAUGGCAAUUGAGAUGCUUUUGUCAUUGUCUUUGAGAUGA